AUGGUGCGACGAUGCGCGCGUAGGAUAGAACGCACCUGCUGCGCUGUGGCAACAUAUUUUCCUCUUGUAUUUAUAUACAGCGUAACGACCUGGGGUGUCUUCGGCAUAGUUGGCAUCUCUCGCGACAGCGUCAAGAGCCCAUGGCUUGGAACAACAUCUUCGAUCAUCGGCAUUAUAAUAUACGUUCUGGCGAACUGGUCAUACACAGCGGCAGUCUUCACGAGGCCAGGCUCCACGACAAACGACAACGGCUAUGGUCUCCUGCCCAUGACGCAGGACAGACAACCGGCAGCUACAUCAUUCACAGUCAAGAGUAAUGGAGAGCUGCGGUUUUGCAAGAAAUGCCAAGCACGAAAGCCCGACCGGGCACACCACUGCUCUACUUGCCGCCGCUGUGUGCUUAAGAUGGACCAUCACUGCCCCUGGCUUGCCACCUGUGUCGGCUUACAUAACUACAAAGCGUUUUUGCUCUUCUUGUCUUAUACAACGCUGUUAUGCCUGUAUGCUUUUGCUGUAAGCGCCACCUGGAUGUAUGAGGAGAUCUUGGUCGACUCAACAUAUGUCUCUACCUUUAUGCCCGUCAACUACAUUAUGCUGUGUGUCUUCAGUGGCAUCAUUGCUAUAGUUCUUGGCCUCUUUACAGGCUGGCAUAUCUCGCUGUCCCUGCGCGGACAGACAACUAUAGAAUGCCUUGAAAAGACUCGCUACGUCUCGCCACUACGCAAACCCUACCAGCACGCACAUGACCCCAAUGCUGGCAUCGGAUCGACAACACAGCAAAUCAUCGACUUUCAUGCAAAUGCACUGCCAGGCAUCACCCGGCCAGAAGAGGGCGAGGAGCGCAGAAGCAGCAGAGAUUAUCCGUUCGUAAGGCCAGCCAAUGGAACAACUGUCCCUGUCCAAAUGACCUAUGCGGAACGCGAGCGACACCAGUCUCGUCUCAGAUAUGAAGAGUACCUUGACGACCAAGAUUCGCAGAAGCUGCCCAAUGCAUUUGACCUUGGAUGGAAACGCAACAUGAAGCACCUUUUGGGCCCGAAUCCCUGGCUCUGGUUUCUGCCAAUCUGCAACACAACCGGCGACGGAUGGAGCUGGGAAGCCAACCCGAAAUGGGUAGAGACUAGGGACCGACUUGCGCGCGACCGUGAGGAACAGAGAGCGCGUGAGGUGAAUGCCGGCUGGGGCGUCGAACCAUCUGAGCCAGCCCCUCCUAUUGAGCGAAGCGUAUAUCAAUCCAAGGCAGACCGCAUCCUGGGCCGCGACCCAGCCGUGUAUGGAGAUGCGCCGAGAAACAAUGUCCCCCUGCGUCAGCUGAGCAGCCGCGGUCGAACCAUUGAGCAGGAGCUUGACGACUUUGACGAUGAAGACGGCUACGAGGACGCCGAACUCCACGCCCGGAACGUAGUCACGAAUAAUAAUCAUCGCGACUGGAGCCAAGGUGGUGCGAGCCGGAUGCUUCGGACCGACAGUCAACGGAGUGUUGCUAAGCAUACAUAUGCGGAAGAAGCGGAUGAAGGUGUAGAUUAG